UUCUAAUCAUAUGCAGCACAAGAAUUUGCCCUCCAAAACUCAUUUUUCAUCCUUUAUUCCCAAUCAAGUUGUUGGGAGAAAAUGUGAAAAGCCAAAUGCUUCAGCCUGCAGAAAGCCUUUGUACAUUUCAGCUGUAACUGGAUUUGGCUAUGUUGGUGAGCCAGAGAAUUCGAAACCUCGAGACACUACUAUCCAGUGCAAUGCGUACGAAGCUCAUCGAGCGCAUCCCUUACCGAUUAGCAUCGAAUUCGAUCAAGAAACCCGAGAGGCCGCUGCCCAGAAGAUUAAGAUUAGUGUUUAUUUUGCUACAUGGUGGGCUCUAAAUGUUGUGUUCAAUAUCUACAACAAGAAGGUCCUCAAUGCCUUUCCAUUCCCGUGGCUUACUUCAACUCUAUCUCUAGCUGCUGGCUCUCUUAUCAUGCUGGUUUCCUGGGCUACAAAGAUUGCUGAGGCUCCAAAGACUGAUUUGGAGUUUUGGAAAACUUUGUUACCUGUUGCUGUGGCACAUACGAUUGGGCAUGUGGCUGCAACAGUAAGCAUGUCAAAGGUAGCAGUUUCAUUUACACACAUUAUAAAGAGUGGUGAACCAGCUUUCAGUGUUUUGGUUUCAAGAUUUCUACUUGGGGAGGCUUUUCCGACAUCAGUUUACCUUUCUCUUGUGCCAAUUAUUGGAGGCUGUGCCCUUGCUGCUGUCACUGAGCUCAAUUUUAAUUUAAUAGGGUUUAUGGGGGCAAUGAUAUCAAACUUGGCAUUUGUGUUUAGGAACAUAUUUUCCAAGAAAGGCAUGAAGGGGCAGUCAGUGGGAGGGAUGAAUUACUAUGCUUGUCUUUCAAUGUUGUCUUUGCUUAUACUUACACCCUUUGCAAUUGCUGUGGAGGGUCCCCAAAUGUGGGCUAUUGGGUGGCAAAAAGCUGUUUCUCUUAUUGGACCAAAUUUUGUUUGGUGGGUGGUGGCCCAAAGUGUGUUCUAUCACCUCUACAAUCAAGUUUCAUAUAUGUCACUAAACGAGAUAUCCCCAUUGACAUUUAGCAUUGGGAAUACGAUGAAGAGAAUAUCUGUCAUAGUGUCAUCUAUUAUUAUCUUCAGCAUCCCUAUUCAACCAAUCAAUGCCCUAGGAGCUGCUAUUGCAAUCUUGGGCACUUUUAUCUAUUCUCAGGCUAAACAGUAAAAGCGCAAGCAAAGGUUCACAUGGAUAUCUAGUUCGUGAUAGAAGAAAAUCAGUGCUGAUUGGUGAUCAUCACACCAUUCAAUGUUGAAACAACUAUGCUCGAUUGCUUAACUCUAAGAACACAUUAUUUAGCCUUUCUAUGGGCUCCGAAUUUAGAAGGUUGACAGCUAUUUGAAUAGUCGAAGGUUGUAGAGCAUUUAUUACUUUGCGGGCUUGUUACCAUAACAUGUCAUGUCUUAAAUAUUUGUUUCAUUUAGGAAGAUUAAUCUUGGAGAAAGUAAGACUAGAAAUGGGUGAGGUAUGUAUGUAGUUAUGUUGUAUAAAUCUCUCUCAAUGAUAAACAUUAUUCUUAGCUAAUUCA